AUGUCUGCUGAGGAACAACAAGCUAACACGUCGCUGUUGGAGCGCAUUCAGCGCCCUGAGGUGAGCAAGGAGACGGCCAAGAAGAUUUCUUUGAUUGAGGAGCAGUUUGCUAGGGCGGAGGUGGAGCAGUUGCGCCAGUCUACUCUCCUGCUUCGUCCUCUGUUCGAAAAGCGCACCCAGGUCAUCGCCGAGCCGGAUUUGCGCGACACCUUCUGGACUCGUGUCAUGCUCAAUGCGCCCGCCGAGGUCGAGGAAUACAUCACCAUGACUGAUGCUACGAUUCUCGCUUCGACUCUGAAGAAUCUGACUGUUGAGCGUUUCGAGAUCGAUGAGAAGGGCCAGGGCGAGCCCCGCAGCUUCCGCUUGACUUUCGAGUUCCGUACCGGUGAUGAGAACCCUUACUUCGAGAACGAGAAGCUCGUCAAGACCUUCUACUGGCGCAAGCAGGUCAUCACUACCCCUAAGGGUCACAAGCGCACUUGGGACGGUCUGGUUUCUGAGCCUGUCCGCAUCAACUGGAAGAAGGACCAGGAUCCUACCAAGGGUCUGUUGGACGCUGCUUGCGACCUUGCUGAGGCGGAGAAGAAGGGCGGAGACCGCAAGAAGCUGCCUGAGUUCACCAAGGUCCUGGAGAAGAAGGAUGAGAUUGAGGCUGCUGAGGACCAGGAGAUGGGUGAUGAUGAGGAUGAGCUCCCCGAGGAUGGCCCCGGUGGUAUGAGCUUCUUCGCUUUCUUCGGUUACCGUGGCAGCGAUGUCACUGCUGAGCAGUCCGAGACCGCGACCAAGGAGGACAACGAGAGGUUUGAGAAGCUUCUCAAGGGCGAGCCUGUUGAGGGCGAGAAUGAUGAGGAGGAUGAUGACGAGGAUGACGACAUUGAGGAUGAGUUCGAUGACAUUGAGGUCUUCCCCGGUGGUGAGGAGCUCGCUAUUGCGAUCGCUGAGGACCUUUGGCCCAACGCCUUGAAGUACUAUGUCACGGAUCAGGACAUCGAGGAGGUCGACUUUGACGACAGCGAGCUUGAUAUCUCGGGAGACGAGGAGGAGGACGAGAACGACCGUCCCCGCAAGAAGACCAAGGUCUAA